UUAAUCCCGUAAAGAAGCUAGGAUCCUUGAUCUCUGGCACAAUCAAUCGUAUUGAAGUUGCAUUUCACACUCUGUUGCUUAUUCUUCAAUUUCCAGAUUUAAGAGUCACUGUGUGUCUCUUUGCGGCCGCUGCAGCUGCAACUUCAACUUUUGUUGUAACCAAAAGCAGAAUGAACGGCCGGUGGAGGUUUUCCCUCUUCUACACGUUCUUCAGAACCCGACACCCUUUUCGCCAAUCCUCAAUUUCCCCCCUCACUUCAUCGACCCACCUUGCGUGCACCUCGAAGUUCCACUCUUUUUCCUCAAUCCCCAGCACCCACUACGCGAUGCGGCACAAUCCAAGGAGUUUCAGUGGUGGGUCGGGCGAGUUGGACCACACCAAGGAGGUGGACACCAUCAACCUUAAGUUUGCCGAGGCGAGGGAAGAGAUAGAGAUGGCGUUGGAGUCCAAAGACACCGUUUAUUUCGACGAGGAAGCCGAGUGUGCACGCGACGCCGUCAAUGAGGUUUUGGGCAUGUUCGAGAACUUGUUGGCCAAGUUGCCGGAGAAAGAAAGAGGGGCUUUGCAGAGAUCUAUGGGUCUCAAGAUUGAACAAUUGAAGGCUGAAAUUGCACAAUUGGAUGAGUAAGAGGUUUUGGUAUUUGAUGGUUGUGACUUCUUCAUCACUUAUUUGCGAGAACCGAUUAUUGUUGUUCUUUUCAUUUAAAGGGAUGUUCGUUUUGUUAUACCAACUAUUGGAUUUUGUGAUAGUGCGAGGAAACUAGUUUAUUGAGAUGCUUAUUAGAUAUUAGGAAACUGAAAGUAACAAUCAAUAAAUUUAUUUUAGUAAGAUAAUAACUCUUACUGUUGUUUGCACU